AUUCAGCAAUAUGAUGACCGCUAUUGCUAGUGCUGCACCGCACCGCUACACCGAGACACAUACUGAGCAACCUGGUUAUGUGUGUGGUUUGAUCGUUGCAAGACGAGACAAUCCCGGUAUCUACAUAUGA